GGUGACAAGGGGGAGCCCAAGGGGGCGGCUCCCAGCGAGGUGAGCCAGCUGCUGUCGGACAUUGGUGACGACAUGUACCAGCAGUACCGGAGCCUGACGCGCCCCCCCGCCGACUUCGACCCCCCCGCCGGCUUCGCCAUCAACGCUCAGGUUUUCGCUGCUGACGGAGCCGCGGCCGAGACGCCGCCCUCGGGAACCCCCCAGGGGCCUCCCCUCGUCCAGCCCGAGGAGGGCCGCGAGGGGCGGAAGGAGAAGGAGGGGGAGCGCGGGGACGAGCGGGGCCGGGCCCGCGGCUCCAAGCCCCUGAUGCCGACCUCGACCAUCCUGCGGCUCCUGGCCGAGCUCGUCCGCUCCUACGUGGGCAUCGCUGCCCUGAUCGCCAACUACAGCUACAGCGUGGGACAGUCCGAGCUCAUCAAGGAGGACUGCAGCGUGCUGGCCUUUGUCCUGGACCACCUGCUGCCACACCAGCAGAACGCGGAGGACAAGGACACGCCGGCGCUGGCGCGGCUCUUCCUGGCCAGCCUGGCCGCCGCCGGCAGCGGCACCGACGCCCAGGUGGCCCUGGUCAACGAGGUCAAGGCCGCGCUCGGCCGCGCCCUGGCCAUGGCUGAGAGCACCGAGAAACACGCCAGGCUCCAGGCCGUCAUGUGCAUCAUCAGCACCAUCAUGGAGUCGUGUCCGUCCACCUCGAGCUUCUACAGCAGCGCGGCCAAGGCCCCCCACAACGGGAUGAACAACAUCAUCCGCCUCUUCCUCAAGAAGGGGCUGGUCAACGACCUGGCCAGGGUGCCCCACAGCCUCGACCUGUCCAGCCCCAACAUGGCCAACACGGUGAACGCGGCGCUGAAGCCGCUGGAGACGCUCUCGCGCAUCGUGAACCAACCCAGCGGCAUCUUCGGGGCCAAGGGCUCCUCCAGCAAGAGCAAGGCCGAGGGGGCCGGGGGGGCUCGAGAGGCCGGGGCUGCACCCCCCGACGGAGGGGACCCCGGGGACCCCGAGCCCCCCGAGGAGGACGCGGAGGCGGCGCAGGCCGAGGCCGCUGACGGGGACAUGGACGGCGAAGCCGAGGGGGACGCGGUGGUGCUGGCCGGGCAGCCCGAGGGGCUCAGCACCCAGGAGAUGCAGGUGGAGAAUGAGCUGGAGGAUCUGAUCGAUGAGCUGCUGGAGAGGGACGGCGCCGACGGCAACAGCACCAUCAUCGUGAGCCGCUCAGGUGAAGAUGAGUCUCAGGAGGACGUCCUGAUGGACGAGGCCCCGUCCAACCUCAGCCAGGCCUCCACGCUCCAGGCCAACCGCGAAGAUUCCAUGAACAUCCUGGACCCCGAGGAUGAGGAGGAGCACACGAAGGAGGAAGACAGCAGCGGCAGCAACGAGGACGAGGACGACAGCCAGGACGAGGAGGAGGAGGAGGAGGAGGAGGAUGAGGAUGAUCAGGACGAUGAGGAGGGCGAGGAAGGCGAGGAGGAGGAGGAUGACGACGAUGGCUCCGAGAUGGAGCUGGACGAGGAUUACCCCGACAUGAACGCGUCGCCCCUCGUGCGCUUCGAGCGCUUCGACCGCGACGACGACCUCAUCAUCGAGUUCGACAACAUGUUCUCCAGCCCCACCGACAUCCCCCCGUCCCCCGGGAACAUCCCCGCCAGCCACCCGCUGCUGGUGCGGCACGCGGAGCACGGGGGGCUGGGGCUGGGGGCCGGCCCGGGGACCCGCCUGGCCCAGGGGCUCGGCCGGAGCCAGCGGACGCUGAGGCAGCUGACGGCCAACGCCGGCCACACCAUCCACGUCCACUACCCGGGGGCACGGCAGCCAAACCCCCCCCUCAUCCUGCAGCGGCUCCUGGGCCCCUCUGCAGCCGCAGACAUCCUGCAGUUGAGCAGCAGCCUCCCGCUGCAGAGCCGGGGCCGCGCGCGGCUGCUGGUGGGGAACGAGGACGUUCACAUCAUCGCCCGCUCCGACGAUGAACUGCUGGACGACUUCUUCCACGAGCAGGGCAGCGCGGGGAGCCAGGCAGGGACCCUGUCCAGCAUCCCCACGGCCCUGACGCGCUGGACCGAGGAGUGCAAGGUCCUGGACGCCGAGAGCAUGCACGACUGCGUGUCCGUGGUGAAGGUGCCGAUCCUGGCGCGUUUGGAGGCGCUGCGGGACGAGGAGUUGGACGAGCGGCGCGAGAAGCGCCGGCGCCAGGCGGCCGAGGACGAGGCCAAAGGCGCCGAGCGCGGCCCCGAGGACAAGGAGGGUCCCGAGGCCCAGGCAGGACGCGGCGUCCAAAGCCGGCCCCGCCUCGGCCGACGUCGCCCCCCCAGAACACAGCGGGACCGCGGGAGAGACCCCCCCUCCCGGUCCCCACCGGACCCUGGUGAUGCUGGAACCGACGCCGACCCCCCCAGACCCCCCCCCGGGAGCCCCCCAAAUCCCGCUCGCCCCCCCCAGCCCCCCGAGCACGAAGAGGGGGGGCCCGGGCGACCCCCCCAGGACGCCGAGGCCACUCAGAUGGAGCUGUCGCCCGCCCCCACCAUCACGUCGCUGUCCCCGGAGCGGGCGGAGGACUCGGACGCGCUGACGGCCGUGAGCAGCCAACUGGAGGGGUCCCCCAUGGACACCUCGAGUUUGGCCUCCUGCACCUUGGAGGAGUCUGGGGGGGCUCCCCCUGCCCCCACAGCCCCCCAGAACCCCCCCGGGACCCCCCAGGGACCCCCUCCCGCGCCCCCCGACGCCGCUCAGCCUCCUGACGACAGCUCCCCCCCGGCCUCAUCCUCGGAGAGUUCGUCCACCCGGGACUCGGCCGGGGCCAUUUCCGGGGCCGACUCCAGGGGGAUCCUGGAGGAGCCGCUGCCGUCCACCAGCAGCGAGGAGGAGGAUCCGCUGGCCGGGAUCAGCCUCCCCGAGGGCGUGGACCCGUCGUUCCUGGCGGCGCUGCCGGACGACAUCCGGCGGGAGGUGCUGCAGAACCAGCUGGGGAUCCGCCCGCCCGCCCGGGCCCCGCCCGCCGCCAGCCCCGCCCCGCCCGUGGUGCCCAAUCCCGGCCUCACCGAGGUCAGCCCCGAGUUCCUGGCGGCGCUGCCCCCGGCCAUCCAGGAGGAGGUCCUGGCCCAGCAGCGCGCGGAGCAGCAGCGUCGGGAGCUGGCUCAGGCCACGGGCUCGGACGCUCCCAUGGACCCGGUGACGUUCAUCCAGACGCUGCCGUCGGAGCUGCGGCGCUCGGUGCUGGAGGACAUGGAGGACUCGGUGCUGGCGGUGAUGCCGCCGGACAUCGCGGCCGAGGCGCAGGCGCUGCGGCGCGAGCAGGAGGCGCGGCAGCGGCAGCUGAUGCACGAGCGGCUCUUCGGCCACUCCAGCACCUCGGCGCUCUCGGCCAUCCUGCGCAGCCCCGCGUUCACCAGCCGCCUCAGUGGGAACCGGGGUGUUCAGUACACGCGGCUGGCGGUGCAGAGGGGGGGCACCUUCCACAUGGGGGGCACCGGCACCCACAGCAGGCCAGCGGGCAGCAGCGUGGACAGCCUCCUGCGGCUCCGUGGGCGGCUGCUGCUGGACCACGAGGCUCUGUCGUGCCUGCUGGUGCUGCUGUUCGUGGACGAGCCCAAGCUGAACACGAGCCGGCUGCACCGGGUGCUGCGCAACCUCUGCUACCACGCGCCCACGCGGGGCUGGGUGGUGCGCAGCCUCCUGUCCAUCCUGCAGCGCAGCAGCGAGAGCGAGCUGUGCCUGGAGAGCCCCCGCGGGACCCCCGCGCCGGGCGCCGAGGAGCGGCCGCGGGGCCGCGCCGGGAGCCGCGCCGGGCCCGGCUCAUCAGCGGCAGCGGCGGCGGCGGAACCGCGGGGGCUGGAGCUGCUGCACCGCAUGGAAUCGCGCAGCUCCGGGCAGCUCUCGUGGCUGUCGGUGUCGAUGGACGCGGCGCUGGGCUGCCGCACCAACAUCUUCCAGAUCCAGCGCGCGCCCGGCCGCAAGCACACGGAGAAACACGCGGCGGCCGCCGGCUCCGCCGUGCACAUCCACCCGCAGGCCGCGCCCGUGGUGUGCCGGCACGUGCUGGACACGCUCAUCCAGCUGGCCAAGGUCUUCCCCAGCCACUUCACCCAACAGCGAGGCCGAGACCCCGGUGCCGACCCGGAGCGCGACCGCGGCCCCCCCAAAUCCGGGGGCAGCCCCUGCCCUCCCCCACCACCCCCCCAGACCCCCCCGUCGGGCUCCCUGUCCACCGAUUUCUGGGACCUGCUGGUCAAGCUGGACAACAUGAACGUGAGCCGCAAGGGCAAGGGCUCGGCGCGGGCGGGGGGCGGCGGGGGGGCCCCGAGCCCGAGGCGGCCGGGGGGGGGCCUGGAGGCGUCGCCGCUGGGGCAGCUGAUGAACAUGCUGAGCCACGGCGUCAUCCGCCGCAGCCCCCUCCUCACCGAGAAGCUGCUGCGCCUCCUCUCCCUCAUCUCCAUCGCCCUCCCCGAGGGGGGCAAGGCCGGCGAGGGGGGGGCAGCGCCCCAGAACGGAGCCCCCGCCCCCCCCGCGCCCGCCCCGCCCGCCGGGGGGGCCACCGCGGCCACCUCGGGGGCAUCGGGGGCAUCGGGGGCGGCCGCAGCGCCCGGGAGCCCCCCGGGACAGGGCGGGAACGGAGGCGGCGGAGCCGGCACGGCCGGAGGAGCCACGGCCCCUGCCAAGAGCUCCAAGUCCCCUGCCAAGGUCCCCGAGGGCGGCCCCGACCCCCGGCUGGCGGCCACGGGCCUGACCGAGAGCCAGCUCCAGCUCUCCGUGGAGGUGCUGACGUCGCACUCGUGCUCGGAGGAGGGGCUGGAGGACGCGGCCAAUGUCCUGCUGCAGCUGUCGCGGGGGGACGCGGGGACGAGGGACACGGUGCUGCGGCUGCUGCUCAGCGGGGCCCGGCAGCUGGGGGGGGCCCUGUGCCGCCAGAUCGGGACGCUGCUGGCCGAGCUCCGCGAGUACAACCUGGAGCAGCAGCGCCGGGCCCAGCUCGAGGCUCCGUCCCCCGAGGGGCUCCCCGAGGAGCAGCCCCCCAGCGCCAAACUCAAGGGCAAGAUGCAGAGCCGUUUUGACACGGCUGAGAGCGUGGUGAUCGUGGCGUCGCAGAAGCGAGCGCUGGGGGGCCGGGAGCUGCAGCUCCCGUCCAUGUCGGUGCUGACCUCCAAGACGUCGACGCAGCGAUUCUUCCUGCGCGUGCUGCAGGUCAUCAUCCAGCUGCGCGACGACACGCGCCGGGCACACCGCAAGGCCAAGCAGCCCGGCCGGCUGGGCGCCGCGGGGCUGGGGGCGGCCGGCAGCAUCCAGGCCGCCGUCCGGCAGCUGGAGGCCGAGGCCGACGCCAUCAUACAAAUGGUACGUGAGGGCCAGAGGGCCCGGAGGCGGCAGCAGGGAGACACGGUUAGCACGGCCGCCUUCCUCCACCCUGCCCUGCUCUUCCUCACCCUCCUCAUCCUCCUCAUCCUCAUCCUCAUCAUCCUCCCCCCGACCUCCCCGUCCUCGUCCUGCAGCCCCGCUCUUCAUCCCGCUCCUGUGCCUCCUCAUCCUCAUCCUCCUCAUCCUCCCCGUCCUCCCCUGCUCUUCGUCCUGCUCCUGUGCCUCCUCAUCAUCCCUCCUCAUCAUCCCUCCUCAUCCUCAUCCCUCCUCAUCCUCAUCCUCAUCCUCCCCCCGACCUCCCCGUCCUCGUCCUGCAGCCCCGCUCUUCAUCCUGCUCCUGUGCCUCCUCAUCCUCAUCCUCCUCAUCCUCCCCGUCCUCGUCCUGCAGCCCCGCUCUUCAUCCCGCUCCUGUGCCUCCUCAUCCUCAUCCUCCUCAUCCUCCCCGUCCUCGUCCUGCAGCCCCGCUCUUCGUCCCGCUCCUCCCCGCUCUUCAUCCUGCUCCUGUGCCUCCUCAUCCUCAUCCUCCUCAUCCUCCCCCCGACCUCCCCGUCCUCGUCCUGCAGCCCCGCUCUUCAUCCCGCUCCUGUGCCUCCUCAUCAUCCUCGUCCUGCAGCCCCGCUCUUCAUCCCGCUCCUGCGCCUCCUCAUCCUCCCGACCCUCCUGACCCCCCCAAACCCCGCAGGCGCCAUCCGGAAGCAGCUGGCGGCGUUCCUGGAGGGAUUCUACGAGAUCAUCCCCAAGCGCCUCAUCUCCAUCUUCACGGAGCAGGAGCUGGAGCUGCUCAUCGGGCUGCCCACCAUCGACAUCGACGACCUCAAGGCCAACACCGAGUACCACAAAUACCAGGGCAACUCCAUCCAGAUCCAGUGGUUCUGGCGUGCCCUGCGCUCCUUCGACCAGGCCGACCGCGCCAAGUUCCUGCAGUUCGUGACGGGCACGUCCAAGGUGCCGCUGCAGGGAUUCGCUGCCCUGGAGGGGAUGAACGGGAUCCAGAAAUUCCAGAUCCACCGCGACGAUCGCUCCACCGACCGCCUGCCCUCGGCUCACACCUGGCCGACAGGUGGAGGCGUCCCGGAAGAAGCGCGUCCAGGCCCGGCGCGCCCGUGGCGGGAUCAAGAAGGACCCGGGGGUGCCGCAGCUCGGCCGCUUCGCCGCCUUCGUGCGGCAACAGAGCAAGAACCGGCAGGGACGGGCACUGCAGGUACAGCCCCGCUCACACCUGGCCGCUCACCUGGCGGACGCUCUGCAGCGACAGCAGCACUUCCAAAAAGAGCAGCAGAAGGAGGAGGAGGAGGAGGAGGAGCCCCCCCAGCCCCCCCAGGACGAGGCGGCGCUGCGACAGUUCGGGCGGGAGCUGCGCAAGGUGCUGGCGGCGUCUGACGUGGUGCUGGAGGUGCUGGACGCCCGCGACCCCCAGGGCUGCCGCAGCCCCCGGCUGGAGGGGGCCCUGCGGCCCCAGCAGCGCCUCGUGCUCGUCCUCAACAAGAUCGACCUGGUGCCACGGGACGUGGUGGCCGCCUGGCUGAAGCACCUGCGGGCCCAGUGCCCCACCGUGGCCUUCAAGGCGUGCACGCAGCAGCAGAGCCGCAACCUG